GCCUCUCGUGCCUCCUCAUUUCAUUCAUACCUUAGAGACGGUGAUGCAAGCCUUUCGUAACGCCGGAGGGCGUCGUUUGUUUGCAACGGUUGGAGGAAAUGGCCGCCGCUUUCCACCCAGACGUGUUCUGCCUAAAAUCGUGCCGGGGGAUUCGUUUGGGAGGCCCAGGCCUCUGCCCAGACUCAUGGCGUUGAUUAAGCAAAUGCAAGGACUCUCUCAUAAAAAUAAGCUUAAAUAUGGUUUUAUAUUCAGUGAGAUCCUCGGCCUUCCAAAGCCUCCCGAGUUACCCAGAGGAGCCGACGAGAAUUUUGCUGUCAAGUUGGUCAAGUUUGAUCCUGACAAGCGUAUGGCUGUGCUUAGAGCAGUUGCAUGGGUCAAAUCGCUGGAUUCUAUCAAAGUCGUCAAACAUUUGUCAGAGAUGGGUCUGUCACCAACGCUUGAUGCCGUGGAAAACGUCCCCUCCGUGAUUAAAGAAGGUGUCUCCGAGGAAGAAGCCAACCAAAUCAUUGCCAAGAUCCAAGCCGCCGGUGGAGUCGCUGUCAUGGAACCAAUGGAGUGAAGUCAUUAUGUCUCAAUGGAAGAAGCUCAUUGUGAUUUGGCUUUUCUUUUAAUUUUUUCUUUGUCUUGUGAUUACUCUACGUUUUGCAAGAGAACAAUUAAUCACUCUUAAGUAAGAGUUGAUAGUUGAUUCCAACCAAUUUUUAUCUCUUUGCAUUGAGCAAUAACAGU